AAUUGCACCCAGGCAUCUCUUCCAUACCGCGGACCACUUACAGACAGUAAGCUACGCCGACAAUGGCAGACACAGCAGGGCAAGCAUCGUCGUCAAACACCCUGCCAGCCACCUCAUCCUCGUCAUCCCCUUCUUCCUCGUCUUCACCACUCCCCAACAUCUACGUCGUCCACUUCCCACUCAGUCACCCCACCUUCCGAUUCCCCGUAUUUCGAUCCGUAGCACAAGAGUACUCCAUUCCCCUCCGCUUCUAUCCUCUGCCCUCAGACAGCCAACCCUUCUCCCUAUCCUACCAGGACAUCCUCGACUCCUACGAUGCUGCUUACCAGCCCGAGAACGAUGCAGGCAGGCCAUUCGCCAUUGUCUCCCUUCCAUCGGACAGGGAAGCAGCGCUCCUGCUAGAAAAGUGCUCCGUGGUCAAGAGCAUCACGCACCUUUGGGCUGCCGGCAGCACCAUCACUGGCCUCCUCUCAGCUCUGCGACAGCCCUCCUCGGAGCGUAUAUACGAUGCUCUGCGGCCUACUUCGCUCACGUGGAAGGCAGAAGUGGCAGCGAUCGGUGUCAAGCAGUCACAAGAGGACAAGAACCGCAUCAUCGAGUCCCUCGGCUUCCUCGCAUUUCAGGGUCCAGUCAACCUGAAGAGCCCUCACUUUGAGCUGGUGUGGUGGGAGGAACGAUGGGGCUUGAGUGGAGCUGCUAUCCCGCAGCAGAACGAAGAUGCCUCCAUGAACGAUCAACUAAGGCUGGCUAUUGCUGGGCGGCGCAUCACUCUGCCCAGAGGAGUCAUGCCUGCGCGUGACUGGAUCGAGCGGCUGGAUCUAAAGAAGCGCACGUACAUUGGCAAUACCUCCAUGGAGGCAGAAAUGAGCCUCAAUCACGCCCAAAUGGCCCUCUCCUCCCCUGCUUCAGGCAGCGGUGGAAAGAUCGUCUACGAUCCCUUUGUGGGGACGGGCUCGCUGCUCAUUGCCUGUGCUGCAAUGGGCGCAUAUGUCUUCGGCUCGGAUAUCGAUGGGAGGAUGAUGAGGGGUAAGGCAGACAAGGGAGAUCGUAAUGCGGAGACGGGCAUCAAAAAGGCUGCAAAGCAGUACGGCUUGCAAGACAAGUUUCUCGACUGCCUCACAUUCGAUAUUACCCAGCAUCCUUGGAGGAUAGCCAGAGAGGCACCUUCGUCCACGACCUCAUGCAGUGCGGGUUGCUCCUGCUCCUGCGCUUCCGCCUCGUCAUCACGCAAACAGCAAGGCUUCCUAGACGCAGUCGUUGCCGAUCCGCCCUACGGUGUACGCGCAGGUGCGAAGCGCCUGGGCCACCGCGACGUAAACAAGCAACGCAGCGAGCCCUACUGGCUAGAGGAAAAGCAAGGUUGGUCCCACGAGCAAGAAGACUACAUUCCCCCUACCCGACCCUACGCACUCAAUGAUCUCCUCGAUGACUUGUUGCGCUUUUCUGCUGGAUUGGUCAAGGAUGGUGGUAGAUUGGUAUUUUGGAUGCCGGUGAUGAAUGAGGAUGAGGGGGAAAGUAGAACAGAGGUGCCUGAUGGAGGAAAGGAGUGGGAGUUGGUUGCAGUAUCGACGCAAGACUUUGGCAAAUGGGCUAGGAGGCUGGUAACAAUGCAACGUCGGCCCCGCUCCCUCUCCUGCACAUGUCAACAAGCAAGCACCACCUCAUCUGCAGCGCCCACUCCCCCCUUCUCCUCAAUUUCCUCCUCAACCUCCUCUUCUGGCACCUCCUCCCUCCCUUACCCCAGUACAGACUCAACCGCACGUAUAUCCGACCGGCACACCCAAUUCCACCAAGAGUCCGGCCGGUUCAGAGCGAACGUCGACCAAGCGGAUUUCCGGAACCAGUUCUUUCGGUCGUCGAAGUAA